AUGAUCAAGUUUUCGUCGCCAUCACAUAUUCAACGCGCUAUUACACCCGGCGAAAGUGACAGUCAAACGGAUAGCCUCGAGGGUAACAUGGCUUUCAAAGUGGCCACCUCUUUCAGGAAGGUCCCAAUUGCGCUUGGAUUUGGGCUAGCCGUUGGUAAGUCGCUCGAUUAUAAGAAAAGAUCAUCUUUGAGGAUCUCGCACCGUGGUCCAAUAUGGGCCAAUGCCGGGCCCAGGGGCAAGAUUGGGAACCGUGAUGCCCAGCACGGGUUCAGUCAGGAUCUAGCGAGUGUCAAGACAGAUUUUGCAGCUUGGCACCACGACGGGUCCGCCGAUAUCCCUCAUCACGCUCGCGCUCGUGUCGCGUGUUCUGAGCCACUCAGCGCGACCUCCCUCAUUAUCCGGAAAGUCGGCGGCACUCACCUUGAAGGCCAAGUCAUCACGGCAUACAAUGUGUCCGACAUGGUGAUAUGGCGCCCAGUGAACGAUUUGUACGAUCGGCAAGCUCUCACGCGGAGCUAUCCUCCGCCUCCUUCUGCAGACGAGCGUGACCUGAUUCGGAACGCAGCAUUGGAGCGUAGCAAGAGAAGCCUCAUUGAUUACGCCCGGACUCGCAAAGCAUCAUCGUUAAGAUCAUAUCCUUCCCGACAGGGCUCAACGCCUGCUUGCUUAGCUCGGUCGCGAUCGCCCACACUCAGCCUUACUCCCAACUCGAUAGCUGCUGAUCGAGUAGAGCACUACCUAGAGACCCAGAAACCCUUCCUUUUGAUCCCUAUGCAUGAGGAUCCUGCACUUCGCAAAGUCAUGGAGGCGCGGCAUCGACGACGAUCAUGGGAAGGCACACUACACUCUCAGGAAAAGUCUCAAAGAGCGCACCACGAACGCCGUAGCAAAGCUGAUCACCCCGCAAAUCACCCUGACAGAGCAAGGCCAGCCAAAAUUUCUGCAAAAGUGCCCUCGCAGGUAGUCGGAGUAAGUGCAAAGCACUUGGGUUCUCGACGUGAGCCAGCAAUUCGAGGUCCGGUGGAUCGCGAUGCGGGCCAACCCCGGACAAAUUCAGACACUGCAGAUCUUGGAUCUUUUCGAUCGCAAAAUCGAUCUGAUCCGAAAGGAGCAGUGGUUCGUACCAUCGCUCAUAACCAGCGCGUCGCAUCGUGCACCGAAGGUGUUCCGCUUCGCAAUGUUGCUGUCAUUCCGCCCACAACCGAUUAUAGGGAUAACUUAGGCGAGCGGCUUGAGUCUCCAGCCAGGAACUCGCUUAGCACGACCCCGCCCUCGAUUGAUGCUAGGCCGCCGCAGGAUUCGGUGAGGCAUCGAGAGUGGACGGUGUGCGAGGCUAUCGACUGGCGGCCCGCAGAUGAUUCUUGGCCAGAGGAAUACAAGAUCCGUUGGCACGAUCGCUGGGUCCCGACUAGGAGCAUUCGUCUUAGAGACGGGAAGCGGUUUGUCCAGAGCGGUCAAUUGCGCUUCAUGAUCAAGCGAGUCAAACAGGAACGGACAACACGCGGCGGCGAGGCGAUGAGCUUGGUGGAGUGGAAACCCACAUGGCAACACGAGAGAGACCUGAGGGGCACUGCAGAGGAGGCAAUGCUCGAUGCAAGAACACGAUUAGAGAAGCGAAGAAUCGUGUCUCUACCCCAAAAUGGCCUAAAACCGUUUGUCCCACAAUUCAAUGCCGACUAUUCAGCUUCAUUUGAGGAAUUGAUGCGCCGCUCAGCAUUGAUGGCGCCCAGAAGCCGGUGGCCUCUGCUCUGUCAGCAAGAGACCAAGCGCCCAAUGGUGUUCAAUCCGGGGUACCGCAGACAGAUCAACUUCACAAGGCUCUCGGUCUUCAAGGCAGCAGUUGUGCACCGAGUUGCAGAAGUGCAACUUAAGCCAUGCCGGUGCUGCCGGAAUGGGCGAAGCGCUUUCGCCGAUUGUGUACAAGAUCCCAAAUGGUUCAAUGGAGCUUGCACAAACUGCUUCAUUGUUGACAAAAGUGCAGAGUGUGAUUUUCACGUGGCCCCUCUGAAAAAGCCACGCAUAUCAAAGCGUCCGAGGCCGGAGCUAUCCGCGACAGAAGUGAUUUCAGUCUCCAGCAAGAGCGAGAGUGAGAGCGAGAACGACGAGGAAGAUGACGGAUGCGACGACAUUCAACUUGGCGACCAGAGUCCAGACUCUGGCUAUCGCACCUCGAUCGAAUCAGAGACGGAUGAACACUACGUGAUGUCUGGCGCUCUACCGUCCCUAUCAAUGCGAGGCAGCUCAUUAUCACCGAGCUCGCCGCUCACGCUGUCUCUAGGGCCGCGCGAGACAAAAGACGGCCUCGAUCGCAAGCGGAAGCGGUCGGGGACGAUGCACCACGACCCGAUAAUCGUAGAUGUCGAUAACUCCGAUGCCAUCACGAUCCACUCCUCUGCUUCGGAUGAUGAGUGUCAGCCCUCGGACCGCCAUUGUCGUCCGAGCUUGACCCGCGGAUUGCGUUGGUACCAUCCAAGCGUAGAGGAGCCUCGGCGCGUCCCAAUUUCGAUCGACGACCUCAAUCGCGACCCGGACAAGAGGAAGAGGAUAACCAUCGCCCAAGUCCGCUUUGUUCUGGACUACUGCCCGCCUGCCAAUCACAGUGUGUGCAAAUCAAAAUGGAGGCAAUUCCGGGCCGAGUGCGUCAAGGAAGGUCUGUCGCAACCGUUCGAGUCAAUGGAAGACUUUUUGAGUCACAAUUACGAUGACUUGUUGCGAGACCUUAUAACGCGGGUUUGUCCAGCUCGAAUUUCAGAUGAAGAUGCUGUAUCUAGUAGAUUUCAAUGA